AGGGCAGCAGAUCUCACAGCGCAGCGGAUGUCGUAAAAACCUUUUACCGUUGCUAAGCAACACAGAGCACAAGCGUUUGCUUUGCCUGGUGAAGGAGCUAACGUUAACCGCACUGUUGUGAUAUUAUCAUCGACACAUUCUAUGCACAGAUAGAGGAUGGCAAGUCAGAGACCGUCCUCCGGAAGACCCAUGAGCCUCGGGACAUCGGGACCAGGAUCUGGAAGACCACCAACAGCCAGCCGACCUCCACAAACAGCCAUCAGACUCAGCACUGGGAUGGUACCGGGCACCGGGAGACCAGGAAGCAGAAGUGGACCCCUGGCUGCUGGUGUUUUAUCAGCCCAGAUUAAAGUGGCUGAUCGUCCUGUGACUCAGCAGGGUCUCAGUGGCAUGAAGACGGCAAUGAGAGGACCUCAGAGGCAGAUCCUGGAUAAAUCAUAUUACCUUGGGUUACUACGGAGUAAAGUAAAUGAAUUGUCAACAGAGUCCAGCAAAUUACAGAAGGACAUUGACACCUUUAACCAGGAGAAUUCAGUGUAUCUUUCUUAUGAGAAAAGAGCAGAAGGUCUUGCCGGAGAAAUAAAAGACUUUCAGGGACAGCUGGCUGAUUACAACAUGCUGGUCGACAAGCUGAACACAAACACUGAGAUGGAUGAAGUGGUUAAUGACAUCAUUAUGCUAAAAGCUCAGAAUGAUCGAGAGGCUGAAGGUAUGGACGUCAUAUUCACGGAGAGAAGACAGAAAGAAGAUAUGAUCCGAGCUGUGGAAAACAACAUAGUCCAAGAGAAACAAGCAGCAGAAGACAUUAUUCAAAAGAUGUCUACUGAUAAACAGACCAAGUAUGCUGAAAUGAAAGCCACAAAUGAAGAGCUACUGCAGGAGCUGGAUGCUCGGCAAGAGGAACUGGAUGCUUUGAUUAGCAGGAAAGAGACGUUUGAGACGGAUUUGCUUCACUCACAGGUCAAACAGGAAGCAGUCUUGCUGCACGAGAAGUUGUUGGAGCUGGAGAACCGCAGAGAAGCCAUGCUGGCUGAAGACAGAACCAUGGGCUCCCCUCAAGAGGAGAGAGAACGCCUUUUUAAACAAGUAAAAGAAAACAACCAGGAAAUAGCCAGCAUGGAACGCCAAUUAACAGAUGUGCGGGAAAAAAUCAGUCAUCUUUCUGAAGAGAUGCGACAACUCAACGCUGACAUGGAGGAUCAUCAAGGGGAACGAACACAGAAGUACAGAGAGCUUCAGAAGAGAGAGGAAGAAAUUGACUUGUAUCUAAAUACAUUUGAAGAGAACACAUCCCUUGAGCUUCAGCACAUCAGAGACGCACAGAGCAGCAUUGUGGCUUUACUUGAACACUCAAGCAGGAACAUCAAUCGUCUGCAGCAGCUGUCUGCAGUCACCGCACAAGAGCUCAAGUCCAUGCAGGAUGAUCUAAGCUUCAAAGAGACCGAGAUGCACAAGUCUCAGAGUACAGCCAAAGGCCUUUCCUCAGAGAGUGAACGUCUACAGCAGGACCUUCUGAAGGUGGAGCAGUUAGAAGGAAAAGUCACGACGGAGCUCCAGUCUCUAACAGAUCAACUCAAACUAAUGUCACAUGAGUUGAACACGUACAGAGAUUUAGAUGCUCUUAAAGCUGCCGGGGAGGACAGGAAGAAGAGGCUGCAGGAUGAUCGAGUUGUGCUUAUUCAGAUGAAGGAGACCUUUAAGAAAAAGAUAAACAGCAUGAAUGAAGAGUUUGAAUGCUUUAGGAGUCAAUUACAAGAGCAUGAGACUCAUGUAGAGCUGAUCAACAUGGAGAGAAAGUGGCAACAUUAUGAGCAGAACAACUAUGUUAUGAAAGAUUUCAUUGCGUCAAAGGCCAUUGAGAGCGAUUAUCGCCCGGUGGUGAAGAACAUCAACAAACAGCUUGCCGAAUAUAAUAAGAUACUGACAGAUACCCUGCAGGGGACUAGAAACUGACUCUUUCUGUCUACAUGCACUGCACUCAUUCUGACUUCCUUUUCAAGAGGAGCGGCUACGUCGUUGCGUGAAUCCAUUCUAGAGUAUAAGACGUGUUCAUGAGCACAAUCCGUGAUGAAAGCCGUGGUUAAGAGGAAGGUUUUGAUGUGCUUACCUAUGCUUAUUUGUCUGUCUUAUACCCUUACUAUUAAACCAGCUGAUUACAUCUAAACAAUACCUGUGUGUAAUUUUAGUGAAUAUUUUUGUUUUCCUCAGUAAAAGAUUUUUAUUUACCUGUUGGUGUUGGGGAUGGGCACAAGUAACACUUGCGGUUCAGAGUUUAAUCCAGUGGUGUGUUCGGCUCAAUGCAGCGCUGCGCGGCCGAUCAGCUCACUGUAUGAUGUCACAAAAAGCAGGGUGGCCGGGCGAGCUGCCAUUUGACCCAACGCUUUUCAGACUACUGGGGUGGGGUGAUGCCAUUCCAGAUUUCUAGUUCAGUUAGGAGGUGGGUUAACCGCUGUUUGACACUCAGUGGUGUAAUCGUUCAUUUGUUGUAUCAGUAUAGCUAACUGACAGUUACUUAAAGGUGCAUUGUGUAACUUUUUUGCUGAUCUCUUGACAGAAAUGCAAUUUAAUUUACAUAACUAUAUUAUUAGAGGUGUAUAAAGACCUUACAUCAGGGGCGUCGCUAGACCCCUUUUACUGGGGCACGUGCCCCAGUGUAAAUCUUUUGUGCCCCCGAGUAAAUCUCAAGUUUACAUUUUGGCAACUUGUGUAUUAAUUUACAAAGAUAAAUUCCAAUUCACAUUUGAAAAAGUGACGCAGCUGUCGCACUGACGCAUAUGUACGCACGAGUUGGCUUAUGAGGAGACUAUAGUAAGUUUCUGAAUAAUAAUAAUAAUAAUAAUCUUAUUUUGACACGAUCAUCACUAAUGAGAGAUGAUGAUGAGUUUAAGGGAGGUGAGACAAAUUACAUCUUUACCCAGUCAGGUCUCAAACUUAAGAAGAAACAUCUCAGGAAAACCUCUGUCAAGUCUAUAGAAUUGCAUUGUUGCUGAGAAAAUCAACAUAUGUAUGUGUUAUACUGUUUCAGAUAUAAAAUGUAUAUUUAGUUCACUAGCUCUAAGACAUUACAUAAACAGUUAGCAGUCACUAAGAUAGAUUCUUUUAGUAGCAGUCAUACAAUUAAAAAUAUUUUUGUAAAAAAUAAAGUUAUUAAUCAUUGUUAUGUAAAAUGCAAAUGUGCAUUAAAAUAUUUUCUCUG